AUGUAUGUUGGCCAUGGUCGCGAACCAACUAUAAUUCUUGAAGCUAUAGCCUCCCAUGAUCUUCGGACAUGGCAUGCAUUCCUUGGACUUUCAGGAUCACAUAAUGAUAUAAAUGUUUUAGAUCGAUCUUUUGUAUUUUCAGAACUCGCCGAAGGACGAUCUCAUCCCGCCAACUAUUCAAUCAAUGGUCAUGAGUAUUCAAUGGGAUAUUACCUUGCUGAUGGUAUUUAUCUUUCAUGGUCAACAUUAGUGAAAACAAUUCCGUAUCCACAAAGUCAUAAGCACAGACAAUUUGCUGCAGCUCACGAGUCAAUAAGAAAAGAUGUUGAACGAGCGUUUGGAGUAUUGCAAUCAAGGUUUGCCAUAGUGCGUGGACCGGCACGUUUUUGGCAUGGGGAAAUUCUAAAAGAUAUUAUGAAAGCUUGCAUCACAUUACAUAAUAUGAUUAUUGAAGAUGAAAGGCAUGCUAAAAAUUUAGAUUUUAAGUAUGAUGCAUUUGAUGCCGUUCUGAAUAUUUCAGUUUCGCAUGACCAUACAGCAGAGCUAUUGGAGUUCAUUCAACGAAAUAGUUGCACAGGUAACUUAGGUGGAUUGUUAACUCGAAAAAUGAAAGUUGUACAGACAGGCAAUUUAACUACAUGUAUUGAUGAACUACUUGUGAGUGGCGGGUAA